AUGCAAAAUAUGUUUGCGCUAACGCUUAAGUGAAUGAUCUAAAUAAAAUAAUCUUUGUUAGAAAAGAUUUAUCAAUGAUUUUAAGGUUAACAUAAUUUUUCUUAGAAGAUGAAGAAAGAAUUUGAUGAUCAUUUCACUACUGGUGAAACUACCACUGGUGUUAGACAGAAAUGGUACGAGGAAUAUCAGAAGACAGAAGGACCCUGCAAGCAUUCCAAGUCCGAAGCUGACGUUCUGCAUUUAAGGGAUGAGGCAAAGAGGUAUUUGGAUGUAGAAACCACUGCCUUUCAGUUGAAACAAUCCAGAUCACAUGAUUCAGAGACGAAGUGGUUAAAAACUGCAUUGCAACGAGGUACCACCUCGGAUAAAAUAGCAGCUAGUAUAGUGCUGGUGCAAGAUAAUCCUAAAUAUAAUCUCAGUCGUCUGAUAUCCCUGAUAUCUCAAGUACGAGGCGCUAAGCAUAAUCAAUGUGGCAUGAUUAUUACAUCGUUGAAAGAACUCUUCCUGGAGGAUUUGUUGCAUCCUAAAUUUAAAUUAUUAAAAUUAGAAGAACAGGACUUGGACAAGCUCAAUAUAGAGAAUGAAUCAGAUUCCAUUGUUAAGACAAACACCGCUAGAAAUAGAUUGUUGGCGCACUGGUAUUUCGAGGAUCAAUUACGCGAACAGUACGAACGUUUUGUUCUGAAUCUCUCCGCGGUGGCUUCAGAUACGGUAGAUACAAACCGUGAGAAAGCCAUAUCUGCGAUGAGUGGUCUGUUGAUAGAUAACUCCGAACAGGAGCACAAGUUGCUGGAGUUACUUGUGAAUAAACUCGGCGAUCCGAGCAGUAAAGUUGGAUCCAAAGCUGUAUUUUGUAUAAAUAAACUACUGUAUGAACAUCCGAACAUGAAACUCGUAAUUUUGCGUGAAGUUGAAAAAUUGUUAUUUAGAAGAAAUGUGAGCCAGCGUACUCAGUAUUACGCUAUAUGUCUGCUAUCGCAAUAUGUUCUGAAUAAAAAUGAUGAGGGAGUAGCUGCUACACUGAUAGAAGUGUAUCUUGCGUUUUUCAAAGCGUGUUUGAAGAAAGGGGAACCUGAUAGUAGAAUGAUGGCAGCAAUUCUAAUGGGUGUUAAUAGAGCAUAUCCUUUUGCCAAAAUAGGCUCAAAGAUAGUAAAUGAACACAUUGAUUCUAUUUACAAAGUGGUACACCUUGGAUCGUUUAAUGUCUCUCUCAAUGCACUUAACUUGUUGCAUCAGAUAACAAGCAAGGAUGAGUCUCAGGCGAAUCGAUUUUAUUCAGCCUUUUAUAGAAAAUUAUUCGAUCGGCAAAUAGGAGUAGCGAAUAAGCAUGGAGUGUUUCUUAACUUAUUGUAUCGAGUUCUUCAGAGGGAUCAAAGUAUAUUACGUUCAUAUGCUUUUAUCAAAAGAAUCUUGCAAAUUACAUUUUAUUUUCCUGCGAAUAUGAUAUGUGCCAUGCUCUACAUUGUCUCCAAAGUUCUUCAAGGACGCAAAGACUUAAAACAUAUGUUGCUUGAGCCAUGUGAGACUAUUAAAGUCGAGAAUGACAUAUGUGAAGUAAACGAUAGUUUAUCAGAUACGGAAGACGUUUGUGUAAUAGAAAAUGAAAACUCUAUUAUGUUAUCGAAUAUUAUGGUUGAUGCGGAUAGCGAAAUGAAGUCGGAUGUGAAGAAAGAGGCCGACGUAAAAGUUGAGAUGCAAGAUAUAAAAUCAUACGAUCCUUUUUGUCGGAAUCCUUUGUAUGCGGGUGCAACCAAAGGACUCAACGCCGAGCUUGAAGCGUUAUCUAGGCAUUUCCACCCGAGCGUCUCUUUAUUCGCGAAUCAAAUUAUCCAAGGGAAACCGAUCGAGUAUACAGGCGAUCCUUUGGAGGAUUUGACGUUGAUUCGGUUCUUGGAUCGAUACGUUUUUAAGAAUCCGAAAAAAUUGGAGGCCAAGAAAGUGCAGAAAAAGAAUGAUCCUUUGGCACAACGCGCCGGAUAUACUCCUAAGGGUAUACGAUCCCUUCCAGUCGAUAGCGCAGCAUAUCUCGAUGAGAGAGAGGAACGAAUACCAGUAGAUGAGUUAUUUUUAUAUCGAUACUUGAAACAGAAGGAUGAAAUUAAAAAGCGUGUUAAGAGAGAAGACGAUGAAGAUGAAGAUGACGAAGACGCAGACAGUGUCAACAGUGAAGAGUUCAAUGAUAUGUUGGAUCGUAUGGGUGGCGGUCAAGAUUUCGACCAAAAUUUCGACGACUUAGAUAUUGCGGCCGAUAUCCAACCUAGGAAGAAGAAAGCGAAACAACACAGCGAGAUGGCUGCCCGCUCGGUUUUAAGGUAUCUAAAACCCAAGCCCGUGAUAUUUCAAAGUCAUCGGUGCGCAUCUCUGUCAGGCUUUGAUAUUCAGCAUAAAACUCCCACGAUCAAGAAAGUGAUGCCCAUACCAAAGGCCCAUUACGGUGGCAGACACACUGUUACCAUGCUACCUGGAGCUGGCAUUGGACCGGAGUUGAUGGGUUAUGUAAAGGAAGUUUUUAAAUAUGCUGGCGUACCAGUGGACUUUGAAGAUGUCGAGAUCGAUCCCAACGCGGAUGACAAUGCCGAUUUAGAUUUUGCAAUUACAUCAAUACGCAGAAAUGGAGUAGCUUUAAAGGGAAACAUAGAAACGCGCAGUACAGUAGCUGGUGUCCUUUCUAGAAAUGUUGCUCUGCGAAAUGAGCUCGAUCUUUAUGUGAAUGUUUUACAUUGUGUAUCUUAUCCGGGUGUAAACUCACGUCAGAAGAACAUCGAUAUUGUUAUUGUGAGGCAGAAUACCGAGGGUGAGUAUUCCAUGUUGGAACAUGAGAGCGUCUACGGCGUCAUUGAAAGUAUGAAAGUCAUCACGAAUUUCAACUCUGAACGUGUCGCCCGUUAUGCGUUUGAAUACGCCAAGAGGAACGGCCGCAAGAAAGUUACAACAGUUCAUAAGGCGAACAUCAUGAAGCUGUCAGAUGGACUUUUCUUAGAAAUCUCGCGGCAGGUAGCCAAGGAUUAUCCGGAGAUCAUUCACAACGAUAUGAUUAUUGAUAAUUGUUGCAUGCAACUUGUAUCAAAUCCACAUCAGUUUGAUGUUGUAUUAACGACCAAUCUGUAUGGUGCCAUAGUAUCGAAUGUGGUAUGCGGUUUGUUGGGUGGUGCCGGUUUAUUAGCUGGCAAGAACUACGGCGACCAUUACACGAUCUUCGAGCCAGGCACUCGUAACACCGGUACCAGCAUCGCUGGCAAGAACAUCGCUAAUCCGAUUGCGAUGCUGAAUGCCGCAGUGGAUAUGUUGCGUCAUUUAGGCCACAAACAUCAUGCUUCUGUUAUUCAGAAUGCAAUCAACAAAACUAUUAAUCAAGGAAUACAUACUCGCGAUCUCGGUGGCACUGCAACGAGCAGAGACGUCGUUGAUAAUAUUUUGAAACACAUCAAAAUCGCAACCACUUAAAAAGACUGAAAAUUAUUCUAGCUAAAAAUCUCUUGUAGCAACUGUCUAUGGAAAGUGGCGAGCUCGAAGUAUAUAUAUAUAUAUAUAUACAUACCAAGAAUCUUGUGUGAUUUCUAGUGAGAUAAAAUAAAGGAUAUGUAUGAUAAGCUAGUUAGGAUAAUUACUGAAUAUGGAAUGUUCCGACAAUAUGCGAAAACAAAAUUUCAUCUAUUGGCUCGAAACUGCGAAAUAUUUCUCUUCCAUAAAAUCAUUGCUCUUAAAUAAUUGGAUGCAUUUUGGCUUCCUAUCGCAAAUAUGCUCUGUAAUAUAGUUAAUAAUUUGUUUAAUAAUUGGAACUUUGUAAAAUAUUUAUUGUACAUUGUAAGUAGUAGCAGUUCCUAUAGAUGAAUUUACCAAAUAUUAUCACUGUGAGAGUAACUUGUAUGAAAUGUAAAAUACUUGUUACACCUUACCAUUCAAAGAAUACUCACUGAUAUUCGUGCGUAAGAAAAAAUAAUCAUAAUUUAUUAAGCUGA